CUUUUACCACCUCUGAAAACUGGCAAAUUCCAUCAGUAAAGAACAACAGUUUCCUCUGCACCAUAUUCACUAUAGCUGUAGAUAAAGCCUUUCAAGCUCAUUUCAGCCGCUGGUACCCCCGUCAACAAUAUGUUUAGGAGAUUGUACAGCAUUUCCCCUGAGCCUUAGCUGCAUAGCUGAAGUCCUUUUUGAGCUCUAUUUAUAGUGUUGACUUCUUGGUGCAAUGUCAAAAGUAACUUGAUUCCAUCUGUUCAGUCCCAGCAUGUCGCUUAUCAUCUGUUGGCCAGACGGUUAGGGAAGUCUCAUUCUGCCUCAGCCGUCCACGCAGUCUGAUGGAGCCGGUGGAGGGAGAGCUGCAGGGGCUCCACACAGGCAGCUCCAACCUGCUGGGCCUGCCAGAGCCUUGCCCCUGGGACAGCGACGAUGAGCUGCUCGGUGUCGGGGGCAUCAAACCCAAAUCAUCACCAAUCCCAAGGCGCCGAAGCUCGCUGUCUUGCUCCGACGAUGACUCCCAGCCUCCACCGUCCAGCUCCCGGAGAGUGUCAUUUGCGGAUGCUUUUGGCUUGAGUUUGGUCUCGGUGAAGCAGUUUGAUACCAGGUCCAUGCGUGAUCCCACAGACCCAUUGGAGGUUGAUCUUAGGAAUGCGAAGGAGUACUUUCUGAAACUUCACUUUGCUCUUCCAGUUACGCUGGAGGAGCUGCUGUAUAGGGUCCAAGAACGGAAGGUGGAACUGGAGAGUCUGGAGCUUCUCCCUGGUACGACCAUGCUUAAAGGGACUGUCCGUGUUCUGAACUUGUGUUUCGACAAGCUGGUCUACAUCCGCACUUCUUUGGAUUGCUGGAGCAGCCAUUUUGACCUGCUGGCAGAAUACGUGCCCGAGUCAAGCCAAGGGAUUACGGACUGUUUCUCUUUCAAGCUAACGCUGGUGCCACCUUUUGGGGAGCAAGGAGCAAGAGUGGACUUUUGCAUUCGAUAUGAAACACCUUUUGGAACUUUCUGGGCUAACAACAGUGGACAGAAUUAUGUUUUGUUUUGUCAUGAAAAGGCAAAAGAACAAGAUGAAAAUGAGAAACUUCUACCGAAAAGCUGUCUGAAACCAAGCAGACAUUCCUCUAUAACCAGCACUACCUCAAAUGCCAAGGAAAUUCCAGAAAUAAUCCUUAAUUGCGGAAUAGCUGCUGUUACUGAACCUGUGGACAUUAAAGAGGAAAAAACACAGGAAGAGCACAGGAAACUGAAGCAGGAGGAAGAAAACAGCAGAAACUGCAGCAGGAGAAACAGAAGAAAAGCUACUCGGAUGGCAAAAAUACAGCAGUACUUUACACAAAGAGAUGAACAAGACCUCCAACAGACAGAGAAGGACACUGAUGAAGUGGAUGUCCCUGUUCCAGCAAUAGAUGAGGCACCUUUAAACCUGUCAACACCACAAACAAAUGUCACCUCUUUGCUGGCUGAGCCAAGAAACACUGAAGAACAGAAACCCCUUAAAGAUUCCAAGGAUGUUGAAAGAAACCAGGUUCCUGCUACACAAACUCAAAAACAGGAAAUAGACCAUUUUCCAGUAAUUCACCCUGAAUUAAUAACUUCCAAAUCCCAGACUAUGCAACCUGCCUUGGACUCUGUACACAGUCAUAAAUCUGCAGUAGACUCACAGCUGUUGGAGAACAGCCAGGGUAAAGAGACACUGACCAGCCAGGCUGCUUCACUGAAGUGCCAAAUGGUGGACAAAUCUAUUGGUAAAACUGUUGAAAAGGCAUGGGAAUGCUUUGAAAAAUCUGCCAUGGAAAAAAUGGGGAGUACUACAAACACAAAGAGUGGUGUACACCAAACAAAUCAGAUGGACAGUCCACUCUUAGAGAAUAACCAAGAGUCUCGGUCAUUUGGUCAUCACUACACAUUUGAGACAAUAGUGGCUCCACUUUACCAUCAAGUUUUUGAGAGAAUGGAAAAUGACAGAAGAAAAGUUAAGAACAGCACAUCCAAAGCUGACGAGGCAGCUGGGAAACUAGACCAUGGGAGACUGAGAGUAGUCACGUACCCAAGUGUACAGACAAGGUCAAAUCCAGAAAUAUCAGCACAACACGGGAACGAUGAUGAUCCUCAUGGGGCCUGCAAAGAAACAUUUGGAGAAUAUGUACAUAACACAAAGAGCGCUAAUGACAAUGCUUUAUCUGUUCCGAAUGCGCAAACAAAACUUGCUUUUCAGCACGAUGCUAUUCCAAAUGUCACGGACGAUCUGUCGGAUGCUAAUAUUUCAGAAACAGCACAAGCAGUUAUGGCUUUAGGGAAACAACAUUCAUCAGAUACACGGAAUUCAGUUUUUUGGGAAGAUUCCACUAUUGAGCAGACAGAACAAACACCAGAAAUGAUCCUUUUACAAAGCCAGUGUUCAGAUGAAUAUUCACUAAACAAGCCUUGUGAUAGUGGACAUUCACUACACACCUUACAGCAAGAGCAGACUUGUACAGACUGUGCAACUUUAGCCACACAGUCUGAAGUAGACAUAACAGCUGACAAGCCUUCACCAGCUAAAGCUUCUGAAAAUGCACAAUCUGAGGACAGAUCAGUCACCCAGAUAUCUUUGGAAACUCGAAUUUUCAAUGAGAUCGAUGAAAUGCAGGACCAGGGAGCCCAAACAUCAGAGCAAACCUUGAAUGCUUACAUCAGAUGCCUAGAUGAAAGCUACACUCCCAUGUCUGACUCUACUUUGUUCAGUUCUGACAUUUCAUCAAAUGUCACACCUAAAAGUAUCCAAAGUCAUGCUUCAUCUACUUCUCAGGAUCUCACCCAAGUGACCAACCAAACCCAAAUUCCAGCCACUGUUUUUUUAACUCAAAGCUUAGAGAUAACUGGAGCUAGAGCUCCUCAUCUCCAGACUACAGAUGACAAAAAUCUGAUCCAGGAAACAAACCAAGUGUGUGAAAAUGAUGAAAGUUCUCAUCAUAUUGGAUCUGAGAUGGAAUCAAAUCCAAGUGAAAGAAAUGAUGGUGUUGAUAUUUGCAGAAUCAUGGGAAAUGACACUGAAACUAUUCCCAAAGAAAUAUUACAAAUGAGUCCAGAAGAGGCAGCUGUAGAUGGCAGCCAAAUCACUGACUAUAAAGAAAACCAAAUUUCACUUUUAAAUUCUCCUGAUGAGGUUAGUGAACUUGACGAACAUUUGGUUCAAGACAUGGCAAUGUCUAACAUUAGAAGUAAUUCUGACAAUCCUGAGGAUGCUCCACGAGAAGGAGUAGAAGAAGAUGUUAAAGAAAAUAUCAGAGUAAAGAAUCCUGGUAAAAAUGAAGAACAGAAAUUACCAGAAAAUCAGUCAGAGGAAGUAAAGGAAAUAAAGGAAGUAGAAAAGCAGUUAGAAGAGGAAGAAGUAGAAGAAGAAGAACAACAACAGCAGCAGCAACAAGACAAACAAGAAGUAGAAAACGAAGAACAAGAAAGUGAAGAGAAGGUAGAAUUGGCUAAUGACAAAUUUAAAGAUGGGUCAUAUUACACAGAGGAUGAUGAAGAAGAGGUAAAGAAGGAUAACAAACAAAAGGAUGCAGAGCCAAGAAGAAAUGAAGCAGAAUGGGAGGAUGAAAUGGAUCUUCAGGCACAGACUGAGGAGCAGGACACGGUCGACAGAGUCGCGUCUAUACGUACUAUAGACUCUUUCAUUAGAGAGAUUCACCUUGAUGUGGGAAACAAGCAGCAAGACACAGGUUUGGAACAGACAUCUGAAGAACCAGUAAGUGAAAGGCACACAGUUGGUGGAGAAGAAGAGAUUUUCUGUGGCACUAAUUCAUCAAGGCAAGCUCUGACAAUAAACCUUGAUGUAGCACUCACUGACAGAGAUGAAGAGGUAGAAAACGAUUCAAAAUUUGUUGACCAAGAGGAAGACGCGUGCCAACAAAUAGACAAACAUCAUGUGGCAGAAGAUGUUAUUGUUAAGGUGGGCACAUUGCUGGAGAAGCAGGAGAGGGAGUGUUUAAAUGAGCAGAGUGAGAACAUAGACGACAGCACCUCCACAGAAUCUCUAACGGAUGAUGAAAUGGAGCUGUAUCUCCUCAGACUGAGAAACACACAGCAGACAGGACUCAAAGACGCCAUACCCGUGGGAAAGAGGCACUCUAUAACUAGAACACGGACGAUACCAUCACCCAUGCCGUCAAUUGCAGAAUACAUGGAUGAGGACCAGCCCAAUGCUCUGCUGGAUGAUCUGACACCAGGGCAUGAGACAGAACUGGAGAGAGACGAUCUACCUCUAUUUGAUGAAGAGGAGGAAGUCAUCAACUCGAAUUUGUUAUGGUGGAGAGAGUUCUUCUCUUAUGAAAAUAUGACAAAAAUGAUUGUGUACACCUUUUUGUUUGUUGUUUUUUUAAUAACCGCUUAUGUUUGUGACUUCAUUGCAUGUUUUGGGCUCUACCUGAUUGCAUUGUAUUGGCUCUACUUUCAAGUGCAGAGAGAACCUUUAAAAAGCACUUGACCCAACAACACAAAAAAGACUAUUAUGGAUUUGUAAAUUAUAUUUUUCCAAAUGUGGGCCAUUAUCUGUUUUUUCAGUUAUAUUGUGUGUUGACUCAAAAGUUCAUUGACACAAAAGGGCAACGUGGGAAAUUACAGCAGAUUUGUAUUUGUAGCUUGUUUGUUAAUUGGGAAUGAAGUUUUCUGACAGUGUUACUUACAACCAUCAUUGAGUAUAAUGCUUUAGUUAUUACAUUUCCACAAUUUCACACUGUGAUUCAAGUCAAGUUCCCUUCAUGCACCUUUUCUUACCAUGUUCAGCCAACGUGACUGACUGCAGUGAGCAACUAUUCCUUUAUGUAUAGUCUAAAACAAAAAUAUUGUAGCUGGUCAUCGUAACAAAGAAAUUGGAACCACAAUCUCUUCUGUCUUCUUAGUCUCUUAUGUCCUGAAGUGCCAUAGCAGAAAACUGACCUUUAUAAAACAGUGGCACUGGAGACUCCUUCCAUAAAUAAAUGCUUUGCCAUGUCAAUCACAUGACACAUAUAUCUUUGCUAACCCUACAAGUCCUUGUGAAUUGAGCUGUUACUUUAGAAACCAUGAUGUAUUACGAGCGCAUUAAUAUAAACCUAAAUAAAAAGUCAACAGUCAUAUCACACCGGCUAGUAUAGGAAAUGAAUCAACACCUUGUGGGAUUGGAGAAUUCAGCAGUGCUUUAAUUUAAUAAGACAUCCAUUAACAAUGAUUUAAAUAAAUGUUAUACUUAGUCUUCCCAUUUAGCAAAUGAACUGCAUGACACACAUGGUUGAGAUGUAUAUUGGCUAGACGUACGUAUGUGUGUUAUCAGCACGACCAUUAUGUUUUAUGAGUCGUAGAGCUGUUAUCAGAGCAGAUUUAAUAAACAUGCAUCAACACAAACGUUGAUGUAUUUAAUAGAAAUUAGUGAAUACCAGAUUAAUAAAUUCAGGGAACGAACACAAAGUUUAAAGGCUUGUUUAUCUGAUAUGAGGCAGGUAUAUAGGCUGCGGAAAAUAUUGUCCUGUGUCUCUGUGUAUAGUACUUGAAUCCUGCAGAUGAUGACUCCUGAUCCUUCAAUAUCCAAGUUAAUAAUAAUCUGUCCAGUAAUAGUGUGGCACGUCACUUCUCCCUGUGCUGACCUAUUAUUAAAACAUGGAGAUGGACAUUGUGGGCCUCAUGCAAAAAAAUUUUCCUGUGAUCUGAAGCCUUCAAAUGACCCAGAUAUUCUUAAUAAACAGAAUGAAAAACGGGAACAGUUUUAAUAAACUCAAUAAAAUGUUAUAGUUUAACAUUUCACAUCCACAAAAUUAAUGAAACCUAAAUCACAGAGUGCUUGGAUGAUGUCAGCUAAUGGUGUACAGUACUCUUGUGUACUGUGGGGUCAGAUCUUCACUGUCUGGAUAUUAAACAUUUUCCUCUGAAAUAAUAACAGUGCUCAUUGUAUUCUGUUUUUCAGGCUUUAAAGGCUGCUGAGGAAAUUAGAAUGAAUUUUGGGUAGAAUUUGAAAGUGAAAUAUGACUGUGGUUAAGCUAAUAGAGCAGAACAGGUUUCUACAUAUACAGAACCUAGAACAGAGAGAGAAAGCGAAGCGCGCCCCCGC